GCGAGAGGAAGAGAGAGAGCGAGCAGAGCUGCCCUCAUCAGUACCACUGAGAUGACACUCCCCUAGCCUGUGACCACGGUUCGAGACGAACUACAAUCCACUCGAAUUGUUUUUGGACCACACGUGUGGAAAACUGAUUUGGAUACACGAAACGCGCAGUUUGCAUUAAACUUGACUGAGGACAACAACAAAAACUACUUCAUACAUAACCAAAUAAACUAACCGCCCUGUGAACGUUUGUUGUUUUUUUGUUUCCCAUAUGUCCCGAAAAUUAAGCGGAAAUGACUAUAAUCUUCGUAGUAUGAGCAACCUGAUGGGUGAGAGAAGGAAGAAAGUAAACGAUGACGGAGAGCGGAGCCUCAUCAAAGCUGCGUCCAGCGCGAGCAUCAACAACCAGGCUACCGCGGCCAAUGCCGCGUCCGAAGCCGCUAACACCGCCACCGGGGACAUGGAGAGAGCGGCACGUAAACAGUUCCAGCAAGAUGUCACACCUGCGUUUGUUUACGUUCUGUCCGCCUUCUCUGCGCUGGGUGGCUUUCUUUUUGGCUAUGACACCGGGGUGAUCUCCGGAGCGAUGUUGCUCAUCAAGAGGGAGAUGAAUCUCAGCGCCCUAUGGCAGGAGGUUCUGAUCUCUAGUACGGUGGCAGCCGCUGCGCUCGCCGCUUUGGUUGGCGGAUUCUUGAACGGGGUUUUCGGGCGCAGGAUCUGCAUCCUCUUGGCCAGUUUUAUCUUCACAGCCGGAGGAAUAGUGCUGAGCGCGGCUCCCAAUAAAGAGGUCCUCCUAGUCGGACGUCUGAUUGUCGGGCUUGGACUCGGUAUUGCGUCUAUGACGGUGCCAGUGUACAUAGCUGAGGCUUCCCCCCCACAUCUGAGAGGCCAGCUGGUGACAAUAAACACACUGUUCAUCACGGGAGGCCAGUUUGCUGCCAGCAUCGUAGACGGAGCCUUCAGCUACCUGCACCAUGAUGGAUGGAGGUAUAUGUUGGGUCUGUCGGUGGUCCCUGCACUGCUCCAGUUCGUGGGGUUCCUCUUCCUGCCUGAGAGCCCUCGCUGGCUGAUUCAGAAAGGUCUUACCCAGAAGGCUCGGCGUGUGCUAAGCCAGAUCAGAGGCAACCAGAACAUUGACGAGGAGUACGACAGCAUUAAAAACAGCAUUGAGGAGGAGGAGAAAGACUGCGGAGGAGAUGGACCUGUGAUCUGGAAGAUGCUGACCUACCCCCCUACACGGAGAGCACUCCUGGUAGGAUGCGGACUUCAGAUGUUCCAACAGCUCUCGGGAGUUAACACUGUCACUUAUUACGGCGCCACCGUCCUCCAGAUGUCAGGAGUGCGGGACGACAAGCUAGCCAUCUGGUUGGCUGGGGUCACGGCCUUCACCAACUUCCUGUUCACCUUACUGGGUGUGUGGCUGGUGGAAAAGGUGGGCCGCAGGAAACUCACCCUGGGUAGCAUCAUCGGAACGAGUAUGAGUCUGUUUGUGCUGGCCGUUGGGUUUCUGCUGUCGGCCCAGCAUACCCCUCCAGUCACCCUCCACCCCACUUCCAUGGUCAACUCCACCUGCAACAGACACCUGCUGUGUGAGCAGUGUAUGCUGGACCCAGGGUGUGGUUUCUGUUACCUUGAGAACAGCACUGCUGUAUUUGCUUCUUCCUGCUUACCGGUAAAUACAGCCUCCACUGAGAAGUCAGCCUGGGGCAGGUGUUCCAACUCGACCCGGCUGAGAGACCAUACAUACUGGGCCUACAACUACUGUCCCUCCUCCUACUCCUGGGUGGUCCUACUUGGGCUGGUCCUUUAUCUGGCCUUCUUCGCCCCAGGUAUGGGCCCAAUGCCCUGGACGAUCAACUCUGAGAUCUACCCCCUGUGGGCCCGCAGCACAGGGAACGCCUGUUCGGCUGGAGUCAACUGGACCUUCAACGUCCUGGUCUCCCUCACCUUCCUCCAUGUGGCCCAGUACCUCACCUACUAUGGUGCGUUUUUCCUCUACUCCAGCAUGGCACUGCUGGGAUUCUUCUUCAUCUAUGGCUGUCUGCCUGAGACCAAGGGCCGGAGGCUGGAGGAGAUCGAGUGCCUGUUCGACACCCAGCUCUGCUCCUGCGGGGCCACAGACUCUGAUGAGGGCCGGCAAGUGGAGUACAUCAGAGUAAAGGGGAGCAACUACCAUCUCUCCGACAACGAUGCCUCUGAUGUAGAGUAGCACCAACCCAAGUGUCUGUCUGUUAGUGCUAUCACGCCAACUCCCUGUCACUCGUUGUCAUACCAAGUAAUGACUUGACAAUGACAGCAGUGGAGCUGACAGGAGUACCAACAGAUCUAGGACCAGGCUAGAGCAGCAUGGCCUAGUCAUCAAUGUUACCCUUGGAUUCUGACCCUGUUCUUUCAUACCAGACACUUCUGUCUGCACGUAUCAAAUUAGUCAGUGUAAGAGGACUGAUCUAGGAACAGAUCUGCCAUUUGAAUGGAAAUGAAUGGCAUAGAUAUUUUGGGACCUGAGAGUAGAUCAACCCUCUUACUCUGAGAACCUUGAAAAAUGGCCAAUGUUCUCUGGUUGCCUCCCAUCCAUCCACCUUUAUAACUUACAGGAUGACUAUAUACAACAACACAGGAGUUACAUUUAAUGUUUAAUGUUGUAGCAACAUCUAACGUUUAUGAUUUACCAACCGUCUUGUGUUUGUAUGCCUGGUAUACUGUUCAAACAUAAUUUUAAAUGUUUCCAUUUUCCAUGAAGUAGGACCAGAUUGAUAAAACAAUAGCAUUUCCCCCUUCCAUAAAACCUUAUUAGAGUUACAACCUCCUCUCAAAAAAAGUGGCCAAAAGUUUUUUUUUAACCUGGAAAAGUAUUAUACGUUUAGUGUUGAUACCAGAAUGCCUUUCUAAAUGAAACCUUGUCUUGUUUAAAGCAUCACAUAUGGUUGGUCAGACAACAGUAGUACACCUGGGAAGUGUAUUCAAUUGAUUCUUUUUCCAGUAUCUUGCACUUGAUCUGACCAGAGCCCCAUGGUCCCUGCUCCAAAAUAGUGCACCAUCAAGUGAAUAGCGUGCAAUUUGCAAUGAAGACAUGAUGGAGUCCAAUGGUAAAGUUAACUUUUGCUGUUCGUUUAGAUGUGGGUAACUGAUUAGCUACAGUAGCACUGCACCUAAUUUCUCAUUAGUAAACGUAAAGGUAUUAUAUAGUUAUUCAUUAUAUUGUAUGUUACCCAUGUGCCUGUAUUGAAGUGAAAUCUAUGAAGGAGUUGGCUAGAUGGCCAGCCAGCUUGAUGAUUGCCUUUUCGAUUUCAGACAUUGCACAGUUUAUUUAGCUGAUCACUGUUGAUUAGACUAUUGACACCUGUCCACCUGAGAAAAAAGACCCUUAUAUAGAAAUGUCCAGUUUAGUCCGUUAGAUUCACACAGUUGUUUUUUUAUAUGUUGCUUUUCUAUGUAAUAUUGUACAUAUUUCCUUUGAAAAGAAACGUCAGAAAUAAUGUCUUAUUUUUCUCUUUUCGUUGUCUUCCUCCAUAGCCUUAUGUACAAAUUGCAAUGCAUAUCUUCACGCGAGACUCAUUGGAUUUUCGUGUUCUAAAAGUUCGAGGAGUACUUUAAUGUCAUUUUAUAUAUUGUAAAACUAUGUGAGGUAACACCUUAUUAGUGGAAUACUUGAGUACACAUAGAUUUGUGUAUCAGACUCGCGUUACAAGUGGUCAACAUAUUAACGUCGCUGAGUAUGUCUGUGUAUGAUUAUCUGUAAAAAAAAAAAGAUGGAUAGCAAUUACUGUCAAUUCAAAACAGAUUUCUUUUAACAGAAAUGUUAUUACAAAUGUUACAAGUGAUUCACACUCUAAACACUACAAGCCUUGUGUUACAAUGUAUUGGAUUAAUUAUUUGUUUAGUAAGGACAGGAAUAUAAUUCUGAGUAAUUAAGUGUUUUAGUGUAGGUUGAUGAUGAUCAUUAGCUGUGGUUUGUCAGUUCAUUGGAAGAUCAGUAUUUAAUAUUAAUAUUUUAGUAUUUCUUUAGGAAAAGAGAAGGCAGUAUAAGCAGACAAGCUAGAAGUUAACUAGAAGACCGAAAGUCUUCAUUUUUAUUAAUACAUAUAGUUUUAUAGAGAACUAAUGCUUUAUUGGACUUCACUAAAGUGACACCAUUAUCGUUAUGUAACAGAUUUAUUAAUAAGACAUUGCGUCCAACAAUAUAUUUGAUGUGAUGUGAUUUUAGAAUGGUCUUUUAAGAAAAAUGCUAAUCAAGCCCCUGAAAAUCUAAUGUGUAUUAUUUUCUUUGCUAUAAUUCCAAAAUGGGGACCUACAAUGUGCUUAUGGUGAACGGGUGCAAUUUUUUCUAUGUGAUAACAAAUUAAUACAGUGUUUCUAUUUUACAGUUUAAAAACUAGUGAAGAUUACAAAAAUUAUUCAGUGAUGUAUAGUAUAUAUUUGUUUGUUGCUGUAAAUGUUUUGCAAGAAUUUGUAUUCUUUAAAACUAAUAUAUUCAUGAGAAUAUUGAACAAUUGAAAAUAUGUGGGGAAACAAAUAAAAAACAAUGAUCUUG